AUGGGGAAUGUUGAUCAUAUACCACAGCAACGCGUCUGGACGCGGAAUCUUUUUGUAAUUUUCGCUUCUUUAUUACUAUUCUUUAAUACUUUAUCUCUCUUACCAUGGGGAAUAUAUCAUGCUCGAUCAUUUCUUCAUACCGAUAAUCAUCCUACCUCACAGUUUUCUUCCAGCAUUGCUUCUCUCGAAACUGUAGACAUCGGACAAUUGCAAGGAGGAGAGGAUAUCGCAUCAAUACUCAAGGCGGCGGCGGAUAUUCUGGGUGCUGUAAGCGCACAACAUCAUCUUACUUCUUUACAAGCUCUUAGCAAUGAUUUGCAUAAGUUGGCUGUGGAUACACAUCAAGCACAGAGCGGGAACAAUUUGAAAACUCGAGGACUUUUCGAUGGCUUUGCUUCAAUAUUGACAGGCGGCGCGGCAGGAGGAGCGGGAGGGGCAGCGGGAGCUGGUGGAGCAAAAGCGGCUACGGGAGGAGGUGGCCUCACAGGGAUCUUUGAGACACUCGGUGGAAAACUUCUUGAUGUUACUGCUGAUUCUUUGGCCACCCCGGCAGGAUUUUUGGGUGAUGGUGUUGGAAGAGGUGCUACGACUGGUCUCAAAAUUAACAAUGGAGUCAAGCAAACUACUGCAGAAAAGCCAUCUGGUGUCAACGCUAUUGCAGCAAAUCUAGGAUUCGGAGCUUCCAAUGCUCUCACGGGAACUUUGAACACAUCAUCAUUCCUCACUGGUGCAGGAGCUGCUUCUUCCGCUCUAGGCACUGGUCUUGGAGGAGGAACUGCUAGCGGAUUGGGUCUUAAUAAAUCAGCUGUUGCUGCGCCUAAUGGAACUGGUAUCCCUUUGAUUGCUGGUAAUCUCGGAAAUGGGCUUACUCAAUCGCUCUUCUCGAAUAUCGAUAUGUCGAAAUUGAUGACGGGUUUGCCAAGUGGGAUGUUGCAAUCUGCGGUUGUUAAUGCUGGGAAAGGAUUGGGAGAAGGUGCUGCAGAGGGUCUUGAUUUACCAAUGAACAUGGCUACUAUGAGAAUGCGGCUCAAGAGAGCUGCUGCCGCAGCUGCAGGAACCAACACGACAGGUUCAGGUCUUAACGUUAAUGAGAUUGCAUAUGGAUUCACCAAAUCACUCUCAAGUUCUUUCCUUGGCGCCGUCGAUGUCAAGAAAUUGACUUCCCAAGCCAUGUCCGGAUCCAAUCUUACCAGUAUGGUUGGACCUACUCUUGUGGGAGCUGGAUCUGGAUUGGGUGCCGGCGCAGCACAAGGUCUCGGACUUUCGAAUGCAGCUGUGGCUCCUAGUACUGGAGCUGAUGCUGCGGCGCCAGAAGUGGCUCAGAAUUUUGCAUACGAACUCACGACUAGUUUCCUCGCGAAUGGAACGCUCUCAUCAUUGCAAUCAAAACUUAUGAGUGCGAUGUCUAUGACUAAUAUAUCUGCAAUGCUGGGUCCGGCAGCGCAAGGAGCGGGUAGUGGUAUUGGACAGGGUGCAGCGGUUGGUCUGGGCUUGCAGGAUCCUUCGACGGCGCAGAGUCCAAUGGGAGGAGAUGUAGCGAUGGUUGCGAGAGAUUUCUCUUAUGGUCUUACGAGUAAUUUUCUUGCUAAUGGUACGGUUUCGCGUCUUCAAGCGAAAGCAGCUGCGCUUCUCGGUGGAGGGUCGAAUUCUUCUUCUGGGGCAAUGAUGUCGGCAUUACAAAAAGUGUCAGUUUCGAAAGCAGCUGAGGGUCUCGCAAGGGGUCUUGUCGAUGGUGCAGGUCAAAGUGUAGCGAAUAUGGGAGGUUUCCAGGCCAUUCUCAAUGGAGCCAAUUCAUCCGAAGUGAUGAUGCAAGCUGCAACACCGAUUUUCAAAUCGGAUGAUUUCAAUGAUACGACAGGGGGAGUAGCAACAUCUUUCGGUCAGGGAUUGGGUGGUCAAGGUGUGACAUUGAUUGCGCAAAUGUUGGGGAUGAGUAUGUCACUAUCUUCCAACGGCACAUUAACACCAAGCACUAUGGGAAACAACUCCACGACACCCGCAUCUCUCUCCUCCCCAGAAACACCCGCAAAUAAUCUCUCCACUCCAGCCAUUCGAGCCCGUUCCUAUAGAUCCCCCUCCUCUAUCAUCCGCAAAUCCGCACCCCUGAUAUCCCCAUUCCCCAACCUCCACAAACGCGUCGACGACCCCACAAAUCUCAACAUCUCCGAUAUCACCAGCGGUCUCCUCACCGGCGUCAACGUCACCUCUCUUGAUGUACUUUUACAAAAAGGCGUCGAUACGCUUACAUGCCAGGGCAUCGGUGGGUUUGUCGAGAUUUUCAAGGGACUCAAAGCGAGUGGGAGUAUUCCGGCCACGGGGGGAAGCGUCAUGUUACCUAAUGCGACAUUCACGGUUGCGAGUCAGGGAAAUGAAUUUUUGAUUAAUCCGGCCACGCAGGUGAUUUUGGUGAAUGGGAUUGGGAUUAAUCGGUUGACGAUUUUGAUUGUGGCGCAUGCAUUCCUCCUCAUCCUCGCCUAUUUCCUCGCCAUUCCACUCGCUCUCCUCCUCACCUCCGGCCACGAAAUCGCAACCAUGCUCUCCCUCCCCCACAUCUGGGCUUCCGCCCCCAAGACCCGUUUCCGCAUUUGGAUCUUCGCCGUUCUGCCUCUCUCCCUGAGCGGCGGCAUUCUCGGGAUUCUUCUCCUCGGCUCCGCAUCCCACGGCACCACAUUCCACGGACUCCUCGGAUUUGCUGUGCUCGUUUUAACGAUUGUGGCGUUUGUGCUGGAAAUGAAAUUUCUCCCCGGAAUCGAGAAGUUGAAACUGCUGAGGGGAAUCGUGCUGAGUGUUUUGUUGGCUGCGGCAAACGCGGCGUUUGUAACGGGUUUUGUGGAUAUUCAGAGGAUUAGUCUGUGUACGGUUAGAUUGCCGGAUCAGGUGUUGAUUGGGGCGGCGAUGAACGCGGCGAGUUUGUUUACCACGGGGAUGACGGUGGUGGCGGUGAAAAUGAGGUUGGAGAAGUGGAUCAAGGGGAAGAAGGGGGGGAGUGGGAGUGCGAGUGCGAGUGUGGGGUUUAAUGAUAUGGAGAAGAGUGGGUUUGAGACGGAUAAGAAGGAGAAGGUUAGUUUGAAGGAGAGGAUUAGGGGGUUGAGGGGGUAG